AUGAACUUCCUCCGGCGCCGUCUCUCUGACAGCAGCUUCAUGUCCAACCUGCCCAACGGCUACAUGACAGACCUCCAGAGGUCGGACCCACCUGCUCCUCCUCCCCCCACUGCCACCUCCCCUUCCCAGCCAGAUGCACCCUUAGCCGUGGCGCCGGACCCUGCCCUGUCCCCGACCAAAGCUCCAUCCCCGUCCCAGGCUCCAGCCAGCUCCCCCGCAACUCUGGAGCGGCGUGCGAACCAGCCGCCUCAGCAGCCUCAACAGGCCCAGUCCUCCUCCUCUGGUGGUUCCUCUGGCUUCUUCAGCUCCUUCAGCUCCAUCAGCUCCAUCAGCUCCAUCAGCUCCAUCACCAAUGCGGUCAAACAGACAGCCGCGUCAGCCGCCGGGUUUGUGGAGCAGUCGGCCCCCUCUCCCUCGCUCUCCAAGAAGUUCAAGAUCCUGUUGGUCAUUGAUGAGCCCCAGCACGAGUGGGCCAAAGUGUUUCGGGGAAAGAAGGUCUUUGGAGACUUUGACAUCAAAGUGGAGCAGGCUGAGUUCUCGGAGGUCAACCUCAUCUCACAUUCAAAUGGAACCUGUAACGUGGACAUGCAGGUCAUCAGGAGCGGGAUCAAAGUGGUCAGGUCUUUCAGGCCUGACUUUGUCUUGGUGCGCCAGCACGCCUUCAGCAUGGCCCAGAACGAGGAUUUUAGGAACUUGAUCAUCGGCCUGCAGUAUGCGGGCGUCCCCUCAGUCAACUCUCUGGACUCCAUCUACAACCUCUGCGACAAACCUUGGGCUUUCUCCCAGCUGAUCAGUAAUCAGAAGAAGUUAGGUUCCGAUAAGAUCCCUCUCAUUGAUCAGACGUUCUACCCCAACUACAGAGACAUGAUUACGUCACCGAGUUUCCCAGUGGUGGUGAAGAUCGGACACGCCCACUCUGGAAUGGGAAAGGUCAAAGUGGACAAUGUGAGUGACUUCCAGGACAUUGCGAGUGUGGUGGCCAUCACUCAGACCUACUGCACCACAGAGCCAUUCAUAGACGCCAAGUACGACAUCAGGGUCCAGAAAAUUGGAGCUGACUACAAAGCAUACAUGCGAACAUCCAUCUCCGGUAAUUGGAAGAGCAACACCGGAUCAGCCAUGUUGGAACAAGUAGCCAUGACUGACAAAUAUAAGCAGUGGGUUGAUAUCUGCUCAGAAAUCUUUGGAGGACUGGAUAUCUGUGCUGUCAAAGCCAUCUGUGGCAAGGAUGGUAAUGACUACAUAAUUGAGGUUGUGGGUUCAUCUAUGCAGCUGAUUGGUGAUCACCAGGCAGAGGACCGCCAGCUCAUCUCAGAGGUGGUGCUGGCUAAGAUGAGCCACGCUAUGUCUACCAGGUCAUCUAGUGCUUCCCGCUCACCCGCCCGCUCCCCUCAAGGCCAGAAGCCAACAACUGUGCAGCCCCAACAGGGUGCUGCCCUGAAGGAAGGACAGUCAGAUCCAAACAGGACCUCCGUCCAGCGCCCUCAACCUCAAGGUGCACCAGGGAAAUCACAAAGUGUGGAGUCAUCAUCAGAGUCAGCUAAGAGAGCUUCUGAACCGGUGCUAAAGCCCAGCCAGGUCCAAAAACCUGGUCCAGGUCCAGCUCAGACCUCGAAGGGCCCCGUCCAGAGGGCCGCCUCAGUCACAAAGCCUCCAGUGCCGAGGCCUCCCCCCCCAAUGAUGAGAGCCCCAUCCGUCGCAAAGUCUGGCCAGAUUCCUGCUGCCACCCCAGCCAAAGCUCCACCAUCAUCCCCAGCAAAAGCAGCAGCAGCAGCUACCGCUCCAGGCUCUCCCCCAACCAAAGCAGCAGCAGCCGCAGCUCCAGUCUCAGCUACUCCCUCAGCCUCAGCUCCUACCACAGAGCAGCCCAAGCCCCAGCCUCAGGGCUCCCCAACCCCAUCUCCUGGCAAACCAAAAGAGCUGCCCCCCAAACCCACACCACCUGCAAAGCCCAUCCCUCCGCUACGCAGGAAUUCAAAGCCGCAGCUCCAGCCAAAGCCGCAAACCCCUCCUCCUCUCAAAGCUUCACCUAAACCCCAGCCCGUGGCCCCUGCCCCAGCACCCACUCAGGCCUCAGAUACCGCCUCCGCCCCAGCCCAGGUUCAGUCCCCAGCCAAAGCCAGCCAGUCCCCCCCUAAUGUCCAGUCUCCAGCUAAGGCUCAGCCACAGGCCUCUCCUUCCCAAAGCCCUGAGCCUUUACCAGCUGAAGCUGCUGAGGCAGAGGCCCCUGAGGAAGAACAGCCAGGAUCCCAGCAAAAGGCCCAUCCUCUGCUGAAUAAGUCCCAGUCCCUGACCAAUGCCUUCAACGCCUUCAGCGACUCCUCUUUCUUCCGCGGGGGCUCAAGCACCGGAGGUGACGGCCAAGACGAGGCGAAGGCCGAGACCAUUCGCAACCUCCGAAAGUCCUUCGCCAGCAUUUUCUCUGACUAG